UUUCUUCUUUCAUUCUCUUAUCCGUGGACUGGCUCCCCCGCUGCCAGAGCGGAGUCGGAGUUGAGACUGGCUUGUUGCUGACCCCAGCGCCUGGUUCUGGAAGCGACUCCAGGUUCGCCCGGGCUGCCGGAGUAGGAGCUCGGGGUCUGGAGUGAGUGACUGGAACGUGAAUUGGACUCCACUCGAGGAGCGGCGAAGACGAGCAGGGUCGGCAGGCGGGGAAGGCUGCAGGCUCGCUCCCCGCCGCUUCCCGGCUCCACCGCCCGCCUGCCGGAGCGGCCCCGGCCCCACCGGACCGAGCCGGGACGGGAGCCCGGGAUCCUCCGCCCGCUGCGGGGAUGACUCCGGGGGCGGGGGCGCCGAGCCCGCGGCGCGCAGUGUCCCGUGAACUGUGAGUACUGCGACUGAACGGCGGCCAGCGAGCGGGCGAUUAGCACCCAUUGCAUGAAUUAUGAAACAAUAACUUUCGGAAGAAGCUGGAGGAAAAAAAAAAAACACAAAAAUACAACAACCAGAAAAGAAGAAGGAUCUGUCGCUGGUUUCCCCUGGCCGACUCUUACGCGCUGCUCUUGCCCCCUCCCUUCUCUCCCACUCGCUUCUUCCUUUCCCGGAGAGGGGAGAGGGCCGGGAGGAGGGCUGGCGGCCGGCCCCGGAGGAGGGGGGCGCCGAGGGGGGGGGCGGCUGUGAUCAGAAGGAGCAGUAGCAGCAGCAGCACGAGAAGAUGCUGAGGAUGCGGACCACGGGAUGGGCGCGCGGCUGGUGCCUGGGCUGCUGCCUCCUCUUGCCGCUCUCGCUCAGCCUGGCCGCCGCCAAGCAACUGCUCCGGUACCGACUGGCCGAGGAGGGCCCCGCGGACGUCCGCAUCGGCAACGUGGCCUCGGACCUGGGCAUCGUGACGGGCUCGGGCGAGGUGACUUUCAGCCUGGAGUCGGGCUCGGAGUACCUGAAGAUCGACAACCUCACGGGGGAGCUGAGCACGAGCGAGCGGCGGAUUGACCGCGAGAAGCUGCCCCAGUGUCAGAUGAUCUUCGACGAGAACGAGUGCUUCCUGGACUUCGAGGUGUCGGUGAUCGGGCCCUCGCAGAGCUGGGUGGACCUGUUCGAGGGUCGCGUCAUCGUGCUGGACAUCAACGACAACACGCCCACCUUCCCGUCGCCCGUGCUCACCCUCACGGUGGAGGAGAACCGGCCGGUGGGCACCCUGUACCUGCUGCCCACCGCCACCGACCGCGACUUCGGCCGCAACGGCAUCGAGCGCUACGAGCUGCUCCAGGAGCCCGGGGGAGGCGGCGGCGGCGGCGGCGAGGGUCGGCGCGCCGGGGCUGCCGACAGCGCCCCCUACCCCGGGGGCGGCGGGAACGGCGCGAGCGGCGGCGGCGGCGGCGGCGGCGGCGGCUCCAAGCGGCGUCUGGACGCACCGGAGGGCGGCGGCGGCGGCGGGGCCAACGCGGGCGGCCGCAGCAGCGUGUUCGAGCUGCAGGUGGCCGACACCCCGGAUGGCGAGAAGCAGCCGCAGCUGAUCGUCAAGGGGGCGCUGGACCGCGAGCAGCGCGACUCGUACGAACUGACCCUGCGGGUGCGCGACGGCGGCGACCCGCCCCGCUCCUCCCAGGCCAUCCUGCGGGUGCUCAUCACCGACGUGAACGACAACAGCCCCCGCUUCGAGAAGAGCGUGUACGAGGCCGACCUGGCGGAGAACAGCGCCCCGGGGACCCCCAUCCUGCAGCUGCGCGCCGCCGACCUGGACGUGGGGGUCAACGGGCAGAUCGAGUACGUGUUCGGCGCGGCCACCGAGUCGGUGCGGCGGCUGCUGCGCCUGGACGAGACGUCGGGCUGGCUCAGCGUCCUGCACCGCAUCGACCGCGAGGAAGUGAACCAGCUGCGCUUCACCGUCAUGGCCCGCGACCGCGGGCAGCCCCCCAAGACCGACAAGGCCACCGUGGUCCUCGUCAUCAAGGAUGAGAACGACAACGUGCCGUCCAUCGAGAUCCGCAAGAUCGGGCGCAUCCCGCUCAAGGACGGGGUGGCCAGCGUGGCCGAGGACGUGCUGGUGGACACCCCCAUCGCCCUGGUGCAGGUGUCCGACCGGGACCAAGGGGAGAACGGGGUGGUCACCUGCACGGUGGUGGGCGACGUGCCCUUCCAGCUCAAGCCGGCCAGCGACACGGAGGGCGACCAGAACAAGAAGAAGUACUUCCUGCACACCUCGGCCCCUCUGGACUACGAGGCCACCCGGGAGUUCAACGUGGUCAUCGUGGCGGUGGACUCGGGCAGCCCCAGUCUCUCCAGCAACAACUCCCUGCUCGUCAAGGUGGGCGACACCAACGACAACCCGCCCGUAUUCGACCGGUCGGUGGUGGAGGUGUACUUCCCCGAGAACAACAUCCCGGGGGAGAGAGUGGCCACCGUGCUGGCCACCGACGCCGACAGCGGCAAGAACGCCGAGAUCGCCUACUCGCUGGACGACCCCUCGGUGACGGGCGUCUUUGCCAUCGAUCCCGAUUCCGGGGACAUCCUGGUCCAGGCGGUGCUGGACCGCGAGCAGACGGACCGGUACGAGUUCAAAGUGAGCGCCAAAGACAAAGGCCUGCCGGGGCUGCAGGGCAGCACCACGGUGAUCGUGCAGGUGGCCGACAGGAACGACAACGACCCCAAGUUCAUGCAGGACGUCUUCACCUUUUACGUGAAGGAGAACUUGCAGCCCAACAGCCCCGUGGGGAUGGUCACGGUGAUGGACGCUGACAAGGGGCGCAACGCGGAGAUGAGCCUGUACGUAGAGGAGAGCAGCAACAUUUUUUCCAUCGAAAACGACACGGGCACCAUCUACUCCACCGUGUCUUUCGACCGCGAGCAUCAGACCACCUACACGUUCAGAGUCAAGGCUGUGGACGGAGGCGAUCCUCCCAGGUCAGCCACGGCCACCGUGUCUCUCUUUGUGAUGGACGAAAACGACAAUGCCCCCACGGUGACCCUCCCCAGAAACCUGACCUACACUCUGCUGCCACCUUCAAGUAGUGUCAGGACAGUGGUAGCCACGGUGCUGGCAACAGACAGCGAUGAUGGCGUCAAUGCAGACCUUAACUACAGCAUUGUGGGAGGGAAUCCCUUCAAGCUCUUUGAGAUCGACCCCACCAGUGGUGUGGUUUCCUUGGUGGGGAAGCUCACCCAGAAGCAUUACGGCUUGCACAGGUUGGUGGUGCAAGUGAAUGACAGUGGGCAGCCUUCCCAGUCCACCACAGCUCUGGUGCACGUGUUUGUCAACGAAAGUGUCUCUAAUGCGACUGUGAUUGACUCCCAGAUAGCCAGGAGUUUGCACACCCCGCUCACCCAGGACAUAGCCGGUGACCCAAGCUAUGAAAUUAGCAAACAGAGACUCAGCAUUGUCAUUGGGGUGGUUGCUGGAAUUAUGACAGUGAUUCUGAUCAUCUUAAUUGUAGUGAUGGCCAGAUACUGCCGGUCCAAGAACAAGAAUGGCUAUGAGGCUGGCAAAAAAGAUCACGAAGACUUUUUUACACCCCAGCAGCAUGACAAAUCUAAGAAGCCCAAAAAGGACAAGAAAAACAAAAAAUCCAAGCAGCCUCUCUACAGCAGCAUUGUCACUGUAGAAGCUUCUAAACCAAAUGGACAGAGGUACGACAGUGUCAACGAGAAGCUGUCAGACAGCCCCAGCAUGGGCCGGUACCGAUCCGUCAACGGUGGGCCUGGUAGUCCUGACCUGGCCAGGCAUUACAAAUCUAGCUCCCCAUUGCCUACUGUCCAGCUUCACCCCCAGUCACCAACUGCAGGGAAAAAACACCAGGCCGUGCAAGAUCUACCACCAGCCAACACAUUUGUGGGAGCAGGAGACAACAUUUCAAUUGGAUCAGAUCACUGCUCUGAAUACAGCUGUCAAACCAAUAACAAGUACAGCAAACAGCCAUUUCGUAGAGUGACGUUUUCUGUUGUGAGUCAGCCUCAGGACCCACAUCAGGGGUCACUGCAGAGUUGCUAUGACAGCGGGCUGGAGGAGUCAGAAACACCAAGCAGUAAGAGUUCAUCAGGGCCAAGACUGGGUGCCCUUCCACUCCCAGAGGACAACUAUGAGAGGACCACGCCGGAUGGCAGUGUUGGUGAGGCAGAGCAUAUGGAAAAUGAUUCAAGACCUCUUCCAGAUGUAGCCCUGACUGGGAAGUGCACCCGUGAGUGUGACGAGUAUGGCCACUCGGACUCCUGCUGGAUGCCCGUCCGCACUUCCCCGGAGAGGAAGAAGAGCCAGCCCAAACUCUCCACCUUCAUGCCUGUGGAUGAACGAGGGAGCCAGGAAAAGCUGGCCAAUGGCGAGGCCGCCCUCAUGGGUGACCGCAACAGAAACCUCCUGAACAAAAAGUUGACCUCAUCCUAUGAGACCUUCAGCGCAGCUAGUUUCAGCAAAAAUGAGGAAGCCAACCCUGAGGAUAUUCCCCUCACCAAAACAGGGGAGUACAAGCCAUCUCCUGUCAAUACUCUCACUAGAAGAGAAGUGUACCUGUAGGCGCUAAGGAAGCCACAGCAGAGUUCUCUUCACAGGAGGAGAAUGAGGGGCAAGGAACCUACCUUACAGAGCAAAACCGGUUCAUUCACAAACAGGGGGCUACCAAAGAGACAAAGCUCUGCCUGCCACUCCCGCCUCCAGAUCAGGCCUCUAGGGAUACCGUUAGCCUGAUUGUAAUGUACAAUGUAGAAACCAUCCUUGUUACUUGCAUGUCUGACCCCUUCACUGAUUCCCAACACCUGCUCACCCUCUUCCCCACCACCCUCCAAAAAAAAAAAAAAAAAAAAAAAAAAAGAAAAAAAAAGAUGGUUGCAAGUUUCUUCAUUGGUAAUAAGCCUGAUUAGCAGAACACAACACACUCCCAUUAUCCCUAAGCUGAAGCAUGAUUUUAGUCACUUUGAUUUAGUUCGACUGUCAUCUGACUGGUCAAAAGAGGUAGAAGAAGUAAAUAUAUAUUUUAAACAUAGUAUCAGAAUUGGAUUGAUCCCUGGGAAAGGCAGUCUCUCAAAAAUGAUCGAGUCCCUCUAAAGACAUAGUCUUAUAAACGGGGCUCUCUAAGAGGCAUGUUUGGAAAAUCACAGCUUUAAUAUCCCAUCAAAGACUGAGAGCUAAACAAUACCCAGUCAGAGAUUGCAGUCCCAAAUUGGCCUAUGUUGUUCUUUUCAAGCCAGGAACGUCAACUUCAGUUCCAUACCUUCACUGGAUAUUCUAAUCAUACGCACAGUCUUGACCACAUGUGUCAAUUACACUAAUUAUAAUUUGUAAACAUUAUAGGUAUAUUUUUCAGAAAAGCAUCACGAAUAUCAAGGAACUGGAACAAUUGUGUCAUUAAAAGGCCAAAGAUCGUACGGCAGAUCAGGGAAUUCAUGAAGUAGAUUUGGUCUUGACUUGGAAAUCCAUUAAGCAACAAAAGCAACUGAACCCAUUCUCGCACAGAAACGCUCCAACACUCGUUUAUUUUACAUUGUCUCCAGCCCCAGAAAACAUGCAUUUUCCUUCUAAAAUGGAUUUUCUUUGAAAGUUCAAAAGUGAAAAUUAAUGAGAUGUAGUUUUGGUAUUAUAAUAGGCAAUUAGUUGAAGUUCAGGUUUAGUUUCAAAAUACAUGAUCAGGGAAGAGUCUACUUCUUAAAAUCAUAUUUGUGGAUAGGGAGGGAAAGAAAGAUACAUUGGCAUGCAGUCUGGUGAAUUAAGUUCACUAUUAUCAUUUUGGAAGAUGGGUUAUGCUUGCUGGUCUUAAUUAGCAACAUUUCAAAAUACCAAUUGCAUUUUUUAUGUGUUCAGUGCACACUUUUAUAUAACUCAAGUGCAUUAAUUUUGAAUCCUGUGCAGUAUCACACUAGUUUGAGAUUGACAACAUUGAAACAAGAAGAUACCCUAAUUGACUUUGUCACUAAUGUGAUUUGAACGUCAUUUAAUAUGUGUCUUAAAACAAAUCCAGACUGCACAUGGAAGAGAUGAGUACUGGGCAACAACAUGUCUCACAAUAUGUACAUCUCAAGUUGAAAAAAUAUGCCAUUUUUUUUCUCAAUGUAAUAUAAAGAAACAGAAUAUGCAGAUUUUUGAGUCACUUGCUCUAUAGAGGAUGAUUUCAUGCAAUUGGACAUUGAGCUGGGGCAUUCAGACAGAAGUGACAAUCUAGGGACAGAAUAGGGGACCACAGGGGAGGAGAACUAAGUCCCCAUCACUGAAUGUCUGUAACCUGGUUAAGGCAUAGCCUUGAUGGCUCUCUAGCCAACUGUAGAAACAGAGUAGCUGUGGGUAGUUUCAUGCUUUGCAGAAUUUCUUAGACUAUAAAGUGAAGCAGCCUGGAAUAUAGGUUGUUCAUUCACUAGAGGUCAUCAAAAUGCUUAUCUUUGAAUAUCACUUCUCUGUUUGGUGGGGUGUUUUUUGGGGGUCACUUCCUUAUGAUCUUUUUUUAAAUGAAGUUUUUAUUUUGAUGUUAGUUUGUGUAUAAUAGGAUGAAAGAGGAUGUGUAAUUGAAAAAAAACACAUUGGACUAAAAUAUCAAUAAUUGAACAUGGUUAUGUUUGAUUAUUAUUUACAUUAUGGAGAGAUGCAAUUCUAGUAAUUUGUUAGGAAACUGCAUUAAAGCAGUUCUGCCUUGUAUAAUCUGUAAGUACCUAUUAAGACAAAAUACUUCUAAAGAUACUUAUGAAAUGUAUACAUAUUUUUCUUGCACGUUACAAAGGAAAUAAUUGCAUAACACAGGUGUUCAACAGACUUUUUAAAUGCAUUUUUUUUCUUUCUAUCAUGAGACACUUGAAACCAUUAGAUAGCUCAUUUCACUCUAUCUUAAAACCCUUCUGUUGUCUAUAAAGCUAAUACGGGUCAUAGUGGACCUUCAGAUUAAUCGGAUUCACAUUCCCCAAUGACAUUUGCACUACAUUCAGGACAGCUAUGUCAUUGUCAUUUAACUCGUGAGCCUCUCUUUAGAACUAAAAUGGGUGUGAAAGAAUAAAAUUCCAUGUACUGUAAGUAUUCGCGGUAAUUCUAGUAGAAUUAGCUAUCAUAACAUGUUUAUUAUACAAUGAGCUGGCAUGACACAGAAAUAUAUUUUGUGUUUGUAUGACUUUUAUUUUGAAUAGGUUAAAUAUGGUGCCACUCCAUAUAUAGAGUGCUUUUGGAAAAAAAAAAACUUUAAAAAAAAGGAAACAAAAAAUAAAUAAAUGAGUGAAUGCAAAAUAAGCAACUGUGCCUUUUAUACCUGUUGUUAUGGUAAAAAACAAAAACAAACGGUUGUUGGGUUUGGACAAUGAGGGGAAAUGGGCUAUUUCCAACUUUUUUGAUCCUGUAUAUUUAUCCAUGUUUAUUUUCUAAAAAUAAUAAAUAAUAUAUUAAAAAUUUGCCUUCUGACAAACUCAGAUAAUGGACCAGUCUUAGCUAUCGUUCAUCCAUCCAACAAAAUUAAGGUGUUACUAUGGACUGCUUAUUUCUGACUAGAAGGCUAAAGCAUUUAUUGUCAUAGUAACACAGGAAGAUGUUAUCAGGGGUGAAAUCAGUCCAUCUUGCAAGAUAAAAUAUUGAUUUCAAAUUUCUAUCCUUGAUUUCUUUUUUGUUGUUAUCUUUCUGUUAGCUGCUGUUUGGUUUCGGUUAUACAGGAUAUCAACCAUACUUGUUUUCUGUACACAAGGAUCUCAAGUGAACUCUGCAUGCACUAUACAUUAGGACACACUUAUAAAUUAAUGAGUAACUAUAUAAAUUUAUGUGUUUUAAAACGUCUGUAGCUUCGAUCUGAAACCAUUCUGAACCUCCAGAUAUCAUUUCUGUAUGGUUUGCGACUGGCCUGCUGCCUGAGUUUCAGAACACAAGGGAGGCAUUAUUUUUAUGGAAAGAGGAACUAAGAUGGGACUGACCGUGUCUGGCUGAGACCCACUCUAGGAAGCUGAUUUAUAAGAGAAUAGGAAAGUAAAACACACAGAGCAGAAGAAACUGCCAAGAAUCCAACAGCCAUUCUGAAACAGUCAUGAGAAAUCUCAAGACCUAAGUAGUUUUCCGUCUAUUGUUACCAGUGAUAAAUGUACACUCUGUCCUUCAGGGGGUACAUAAAACGUGAAGAUGAUCAUGAAUAUCAUGAAGCUGGUCCGUUGUGACCCAGGCAGAGGUGUAUGUAACAUCUGGAGGAAGGCAUCAUUUCCCCAGCUACCUAGGGUUUACUUUCAGAGGACUUUUUCCUACAUUUUAAAGCACUUACAUUCAGUGUGGUACGAUCUGUUUGUAAUGUUCAUCAUUGACUAUUGUUCUGCUACUUGGAUGUUGAUAGUGAAGCAGAGAACAAUUUAUCAUCGUUUAUUAUGAGUCACUAUGCACGCAACUAUGCUACACAUGGCGAAAUGUAUUAAAACAGUCGUCCAACUAUUUAUGAAAUACUUUACAUAAUUUAAUUUGCUUUUGUACAGUUUUAUGUAAAUAAAUUGCUUGUCAUUUUUGUCUCUGCAAAUUAAAAUAUAACA